GAUCUGUGCUCAUUGCAGUCGCACACUUCGUUUGGAUGUUAUUACGCCAGCCCAACUGCGCCCAUAGCCCAUAGUUGCUUUCGACUCCUCUGCACGCGCGCGCCUCCCAAGAAGUCAACGAAUGUAACCUUACGCGCGGCACGUGUGGCACGUGCCGUUAAUGGGGCUUUCAGGCGGAUGCAGAAACGUCGGACAUUCGCCUUCGCAGGCAGAGGAGAGCCACGUUGAAGCGUGGCAAGCUGGGACGAGAUAAAAAGACGCUCAAGGGACGCAAAUGCAGACGCCGCCUACCAGACGGAGACGCGACUGAUGUGACCUGGUGAUCAUCCUGCGUCGUCUAAGGCGCGGUGAAGGACAUCUGUGACAUGGAGUUCAUGUGGAGGGUGGUGGCUGUAGCGUGCUUGGUGUUCGAGGUCCGCGGCAGCGACGGGGACUGGGUGGCGUCGAUCGACCCCAACGAGGUGCGGGUGCCCGUGGGCUCCGACGUGAUGGUGCGCUGCACCCUCCUCCCCGCCGCCCCUCCCGGGAUGACGGCGCACGACAUAGUCUGGGUGUACGGCGCCAGCGAGCUGCCGCAGAGCCACGUGACGGUGCUCAACAACAGGACGUCGGUGGUCACGCUGCGCGACCUCCAGCCGACCGAGCGUGGCGGCGCGGGGUCCCCCGGGGGCCAGCCGAUGAUGGGCGGGCAGAGGCUCAUGUGCUUGCGACGCAAAGCGCCCGGCGACGAGAGGCACAAACUCCUGCGCAGCGCGGACAUCACCGUCGGAUGGAUGCCCUGCCCGCCUUCCAACUUCACGUGCUACAUGUUGGAUCAGGCCAUCGUCAAUUGCUCCUGGCUGCCCGGUGAAUGCAGGGGAAGCCACAAGAGCAAGUACAGACUCAAGUACACCUUCGUGAAUAGAUUGUGCAGCGUUCCAGUGCCGUGGGAAAACCUGGCUCGGGACAACGUGAAGACGGUCGAUUGCUUGCAGACCGGCGGCUCCGGCGCGUACCACUGCCAGUUCGACCAGCUUCGCGUGUCGCAUGCCAACAACUACUGGGUGUGGGUGGAAAGCUCCAGCGAGCUGGGCUCAUCCAGCAGCAAGAUGCGUUGCAUGCACCUCUGGGACAUCGUGAAGCCGAGCCCGCCAGAGAAUGUGCUCUUCAGCGUUGUUCAAGCUCCUUCAUUUGGGCUAAGCCUGAUAUGGCAGCCACCAACAGCACUGCCGCACAACAUCUACCCCAUGCAGUACGAGGUGGAAUUCAUGGCCAGCGACACCUCAAGUCCGCGAACUGAGGUGGUGGCAGUGGGCGACGACACGUGGUACAGGAUUGACGGCGUGGAGGAGUGCUCCGUGUACACGGCGCGCGUGCGGGGCCACGGGUACAGGCGCGAGGGCUUCUGGAGCGAGUGGAGCUCGCCGGUGUUGCACGCGGUCGGAGAGCUGAACCCUCCAGCGAAUGGGCCAGAUAUUUGGCGAGUUCUUGCUGACAAUGAGACUGAGGACAACCGAGAAGUCACCGUGCUCUGGGAGCCCUUGUCCUGUGCAAAUCACCGCUGCUGCGUUCAAGAGUAUAUCCUAUCGAUCAACACGAGUGGCAGGGUCAGCGAAAUCUUCGUCGGCAACGUCUCGUCGUAUCGACUUUCCCUGGGGCCAUCGCAGCACCGUGUCACCGUGGCCGCUCGCAAUUCCAUCGGACGAUCCAAGCGGAACAUGCUGCUCGUAAUCCCAGCACGUUCCCACCAAGGGCCGGUACCCUCCCAGGUGUCGGUGCGACCGGAUGCGUCGAGGUCCCUGCUGGUCACGUGGGCGGUGCCCGUGCUCGCGGGGCGGCACUCGCCCCCCCAGGGUUACCUGGUCGAGUGGGCCAACGUGUCGGCUCUGGACCUCGGCCGCAUCAGGUGGCGCCGUGUGAGCUCCGUCAACACGAGCGCGUUGCUCACAGAUAACUUCCAGGACUACGUGCGGUACAAGGUCUCUGUGUACGCAAGCACCCAGCAAGGAGAGGGAAAUUGCAGCAGCACCUACACCUACAUGAAGCAAGGAGCUCCCGUGGCGGCGCCGAGGAACGUGCUGACGCACAGCUGCUCCGCGAGCGUGUGCGACGUCCGCUGGGACCCGCUGGGCAUCGACCACCUGCACGGCUUUCUCACCCACUACGCCAUCUACUACCGACCAUCUUCUGGAGACAUGCAAACGAAACGAGUGCUGGUGCCCUGCACAUCGCCAGUGGAGGGCACAUGCAUAAGCAGCCACCGCCUAGAAGGGCUGGAGCCCAACACUGAGUACGAGCUUCAGGUGGCAGCUGUCACUUCAGCCGGAGAGGGCCCACGCAGCCUCACAAGCAAGGCCGUCACAGGUUUCCGUGAAUUCGUUUUCAUCAUGAUGCUCAUUGCCGGUCUAUUGCUUCUGUCCGGUGGGAUCAUCACAUGCAUCUGCAUCGUCAUCGUCCCAGCCAGAAUGAAGCAUGUAUUUUUUCACAAAGUUCCGGAUCCCAAGAACUGCAGCUGGGCAAGGGACAUUGACUUCAGCAAGCCCGAGAGCCUGCAAGGAUUCCUGAGAAUCACUCUAUCGUCAUCGCCGGACGUCCGCGAGACGGAGACGUUUUCAGAAAUCACGGUGGAUUGCGGCUGGAAACUGCAAGGGCAUCUGCUGGAGAAAGCGCUGGAUUUCGACGGCGGUUACACAACCACCGUUCCCGCACAUCUGCCCACAAGCCACGGACUUGGCACCAAGGGUGGAGGCGAGACGACCAAAGUGAUUCCAGAGGCGCCCUUGCCUUCCCGCGCACUGCCUCUCCCUGCCAAGCUGUUGGCUCUGGAGCAGCUACGCGCAACCGCCGCCAGCGUCGCAUCAACACGCACCCAACUGCCGAGCUGGGCACAGUAUUCGCAGCACGACGCGAUGUCUGACAUCGGCGGGGCGCCGGGACCACCGGGAGGCGUGAGGCUCCCGGCCUCAGCGCCGACUCGCUGGGGCCCGGAGAUGCACGUCUACGAGAACAGCGAUGUCAAGGCUGCGAUCAACCCCACCGAGGCCUCGAGUGGCGGUGGGGGCGACGGCGGUGGCCUCGCAAGCUCACUGCCCGCCGGUGCACACCCGUUCACUCUACAGCGGAAUAACAACUCGAACGCGUUGCCACAGGGCCGCCCCGCCCUCGACGUUGAUGACAGCGGCGGCGCGGGAGUGAUGGACGGUGGCGUGAGCGGUGGUGGCCUGGAGGUGCCGGCCACCGUUUGGACUGGGCGUCGUGAAACUCUGCUGCCCUACAACGUUUUUAGUUAUCAGCCACAAGACCCUGCCUAUCACCUGCCCCCGAAUGGCAUUUACACCAACGGGCUGCAUUGAGCGUGAUUUGAUUUUUAUAACCCCUUGGACAAUGCCAAAAGAGGGACGGCAGCAUCUGGAACAAUUCUGUCACCUUACUGUUUUAAAAAAAAAAUAGAUAAGACAAUACAAACGAUAGCAGCUUGCGGUCGUUUUUUUACCUUCAUUGACUGACCAGGCGUUUGUGUGGUCUGAUGGCAGUUAAGACUGAUUUAUGUGAACAAUGUUACAUUCAGGUUGCAUAGUGAGCGACGUGUUAGUUGUGAAAACUGUAAAUAUGGAUUUGAGUGCAGGACUUUCGAGUGUAAGUUCAAUCACUGGGGACACUGUGAUAAUGUUAAUAUAAGUGCUCACCUUUAUUAAUUUCCAGCACAAUUUUGUCUUUUAAUAAGAGUAUCAGAAUUCUAUACAUAUAUGUUGUAUAUAAGAGACUAGUUAAUAAACAACAUUACAAUUGUUUAUAUUGUCCAAGCACUUGUUGAUUUCACAUACUUCUAAACUUCACACAUACAACAAUUUGUAAAUAAUAUUUUUGUUACUUACCUUAAGAGUUGCACACACGAUGAUAAAUAUGACUUAUCUUUGAAAUGAAAGUGCAAGUUGAAGCUUGCACCGAGUAUUUUUUAAUAUAUUGUUUGAGAUAAUUUGUGUAAUGUUUUGAGCAGAGUGGAAACAUGCAUUCUUGUGAGUGUGAAACUGGACGAUUUAGUUACAUUGUGAUUGUAUUUCUGUAUUUUUCAAUAUUGCGUCCUGUACCUUCUCUUCCAUUUUGGCUCGGAUAUAAUUCGUAAUAUUUUAACAUGUGGUCCAUAAAUAAUUCAGGCUGCUCUUAUUGAACAGUUCAAUCAAAAUGGCAAACAGAACAAAGAAGAGCUGAUGGUAAUCGGAGAACAACAAUGGACAUGUGCAAACAUUUCUACGAACAAUAGCAGAGGGGGAGUUAUUUAAUCUCUUGAAUUGUCUGCACCUGUCCAUUUUAUUCUCAAAUGUUCAACUCAGUGCUUCCCCACGUGGGUUGCAACCUGUCCUGGUUGCAACCCAUUGGUUCGAAACAGAUGUCACAUUUGUUGGUACCACCUGAGGUGGCAUUACUUUAACUGGUUCAGUAAAUCGUGUGAUAAUCGUUCGGAGCAACUGAGUUAUCAAGUACGUGAUUCACUUGUAUUAGCCAUGAAGACACGUCGGUACGAGGAAAGUCGUGCCACCUUUGGUGGUACCGAUUUCUGCUCUGGCCCAUGGAAAACAUUGCUCAUCCUCUUUUUGAGAUGUAUUUUUUUUAACACAGUUGCUGAGCCCAAAGGCCCAAAAUGGCAAGCAGUCAUCAACGAACCCCCCCCCCUCCCCCAGCUGUUUGGGAUAAUAACACUCAAUUAGUAAUAGCACUCAACUCACACGUAGUUUUCCCCUCCUCUGGAAUCAUGAUAUAUACUUCUUCCCAUGAUAUGUACCUCAGAGGUGGUAAGCCUACUUCCCACACACGUAAAUAUCUUCACACCACAUCUGAUUAUAUUUAUUUUACAACCCUUAUGCAUCAGUUUAUGCUUUGUGUCAAGAGAGGGAUUUUGAACAGUCUUAUGUUCAUAACAUCGUUUUGUUGGGGUUAAAUCGCGUAAAUAAAAAUGUGUCGUUAAACCCACCACCACCCGACACAGCCAAUUAGUAAGGGUUGUCACCUAAACAGAAUACAUGCCAAUUCGUUACUAGUACAGUAACGAAUUGUUGAAGAGCAAAUCUACAACAUUCACAAGUACUCAGAUUAUAAAUGUUCCAAGAUAUCUAAUCAGUGUGGAGGAGUAGACCACAAUACGCACGAAAGAGGUUUUUUUCUAGAACUCCCUCCAGCAAAGGCCCUUCUACCAGUAGUGGUGACCAAAUAAUUGCUGUGCUGCACCUUUGCCCUUCUAAAUUCAAUUGAUAUAAUUUUUUCCGAGACAAAUCACAUGAAAUAAUCUCACAAUAUAUACAAGUAUAUUCACUACUUGCACGAAUACCAUUGGCUUAGAACAUGAAACCAUAUAUAUAAUAAAAGCUGUCCUUGUGUAAAAUGGUUAUUUUUGUGAACAGAGAGAGCAGACGUGAUCGAUUGACUUUCACAAUGCAAUGUGGAGCCCAGAGAAAAUGUGGGACAUUUAAAAAAAAAACAUUACAGUUAAAUAGUUUUUAAUUGACAGGUUGAAGUGUUUUCCAUUUUAAGAGUAUUAGUAUUAAUUAAGCCCUUUUAAAUUAAUAUGCAUUGUUAUAUACUGUUUAAUAAACGCAUUUACGUUUCAAAUAAAAUAACCAAAGGUCAUUAAAAAAAUUAAAUCAUGGGAAGUGUCGUACUGCCGUAGAUAACAUAAUUAGGCGACAUUUUUUUCUGUAUUAAUCCAUACUCACUGUUAUAAUUUCAGUCAACUUAACACAUCCAUCAAUAACACUAACCCUAAAAGGAGAAAAUAAUAAUGACCAUUCUUGCCCUUUGAAGGGCCAUUGCCUGAAAUGUCCCUGAUCAUGGAUUUUUCUUUUCAUUUUUUCUGUUUGUCCUUUGCACCACUACCAACACAGUUUAAAAAAAAUGGUUCUGCCAUUACGGAUUCCUUCACAGUCACGUGUAUAAGGAGCUAAUAAAUUUAAAGAUGUUGGUAAGAUAUCA